AUGAAUUCAAUUGUUUGUGCAGCAAUAUUUAUUUUGGUUGCUGCUUCUGUGGAGUCAAAGAGAGAUGUCCGUUGUUUUCCUCCAGUUAACAUUUAUUCGUCGCAUGGUUGUGUUCAAGAUGCAACUAGUCAAAAUCCUAAUUUCGAUUGCUUAGGUGGUCAUUUUGUGAGAACCGCAGGAAUAAGCAUGCCAUGUGAGACUGAUCAUGAUUGUUUUUCUAAUAUGGAGCCAAAUGAGUGGUGUUAUUCCGAAAAGCAUGGAUACCAAUGGACAACUGCUGGAUGCCACUGUGAUAUGAAGUUGAAAUCAUGUAUUGUGCAAAGGUUUGACAAAAGUUAUAACGAAAUUCAAUGGGCAUUCUGCACUCCACGUAAUCGUUUCAAGUGUGAACUCAUCGAUCAUUGUUCACCACCUAGAAACUGA